ACUGGACAUGAGUAUAUGAGACAUGAGUAUAUAAAGACCGAACAGCCGAAAGAAAAUAAGGAACACCAUCUCACAAUGCUCGGACUUGUUAUCUUCGCCAGUGUAGCCUGUGUGGCCGUGAAUGGCUGGGCGACGGGUCUAGUGUCGCAGGAAUGCAUGCAGUGUAUUUGUCUGCAAGAGUCCGGAUGCGUUGACCCAGGCUGUAAGAUGGACGUGGGCUCGCUAUCAUGCGGAUACUUCCAGAUAAAGGAGGCCUACUGGAUUGACUGCGGUCGCCCUGGUGGAAGCUGGAAGACGUGCGCCAGUGACAAGACGUGCGCGUCCCAGUGCGUGCAGGCUUACAUGGCGAGAUACGUCGACCACUUCCACUGCCCCCACACAUGCGAAUCGUACGCCCGUGAGCACAACGGCGGACCGAACGGCUGCCAUUCUGCCAGCACCGUCGAUUACUGGCACAGGCUGUUGACCAAGCCAGGAUGUGCUCAUGUGCAUUAAAUAAUACAAAUAUCUAUGCCGAAUAUCAAAUAAAAAAGACGCGUGAUGAA